GAAAAAGGAAAUGAAACCAGAGACAGAGGGAAGCUGAGCGAAAAUAGACCUUCCCGAGAGAGGAGGAAGCCCGGGGAGAGGCGCACGGUCCCCUCCCCGCCCCCGGCCGCCGCCCCCUCUCUGCCCUCGGCGGCGAGCUGCGCGCCGCGACCCGGGCGAAGGUGCGAGGGGCUCGGGGCGGCCGGGCGGGCGCGCACCAUCUCCGUGGGCGGCGCGGAGCCGGCGACAGCGCGCGAUCGGAACCGGGCGGCGGCAGCGGCGGUGGUGGCGGCGGCGGGACCGGGAUGGAAGGUUAAGUCCUGAGCAGCAGCAGCAGCUGCAGCCGCCCGGGGCCAGGCUGCGCGCCCCGGCCCCCGCCUCGGCCGCGGCGCGCCCGCAGCCCGGUGAUUCGCUCUCUCUCUUUGGCGUUUGAAGGGAGCGCGGUGACUGUCCUUGAGCGCGGAGGGGCGAGCUCGCCGCCGGAGCGCCGGAGCAAGCGGAGGCGCAGGAGCGGCGGCGGCGCCCGAGCACCCGAGGGGGUCCGAGCCCCGGCAGCCGGCCAGCCCCGCGCCACAAAGGGAGCGCCCCCGCCGCCCGGCACGCCGCCUCCCUCCCCAAUGUCCUCGGCCAUCGAAAGGAAGAGCCUGGACCCGUCUGAGGAACCAGUGGACGAGGUGCUGCAGAUCCCCCCAUCCCUGCUGACAUGCGGCGGCUGCCAGCAGAACAUUGGGGACCGCUACUUCCUGAAGGCCAUCGACCAGUACUGGCACGAGGACUGCCUCAGCUGUGACCUCUGUGGGUGCCGGCUGGGCGAGGUGGGGCGGCGCCUCUACUACAAGCUGGGCCGGAAGCUCUGCCGGAGAGACUAUCUCAGGCUUUUUGGCCAAGAUGGUCUCUGCGCAUCCUGUGACAAGCGGAUCCGUGCCUAUGAGAUGACGAUGCGGGUGAAGGACAAAGUGUAUCACUUGGAAUGUUUCAAAUGUGCCGCCUGUCAGAAGCAUUUCUGUGUGGGCGACAGAUACCUGCUCAUCAACUCCGACAUAGUGUGCGAACAGGACAUCUACGAGUGGACUAAGAUCAAUGGGAUGAUAUAGGCCAGCGAGCACCUGAACACGCUCCAAGUGUUCACUGACGACAGUCUCUGUGGGGUCUUCACUCGUAGGCACUUUGGGGGUUCGAGGGUGGGGUGAGGCAUUUUUUAGGUGAUGGUAGACCCUUGCUGGGCACCAAGACAUAGCAUUCAAGUGACAUAAUGCAAGGGCCAAGACUUCGAGGGGGCGAAAUGACCAGUCCUUAGGGAGAACUUAGGGUCACAGCCUAUCCAUAGUAACUGACAUGAUUAGCAGAAGAAGGAACAUUUAGGGGCAAGCAGGCACUGUGCUUUCAUGACGGAAUUUCACACCUACAGAUAGGGAGUUGUAUAAAGACUUGUUAUGACUUUGACGCUUGCCAACUAGAGAUGUGCAAUUGAUUUCUUUUCUUCCUGGGUUCUGUAUCAACCCUGUUCCAAUCACCGUCCUCCACACAAGGGAAGGGCGGAGAGGAGAAUGCUCAUUCUUUUUUUCUUAACCACCUUCCCGAGGCCCAUAAGCUUUGGACCCAAGAAAACCUGCAUGGAGACACAGUUCAGUUGAGAAUGGAAACCACCACUUUUAACCAAACAAUUAUUUAAAGCGAUGCUGAUGAAUCACUGUUUUUAGACACCUUCGUUUUGAGGUGAGGAGUUCCACAGAUUGUUUCUAUACAAAUAUAAAUCUUAAAAAAAAAAGUUGUUCAACUAUUUUAUUAUCUUAGAUUAUAUCAAAGUAUUUGUUGUGUGUAGUGAAAAAAAAAAACCAACUCUGCAGACUUAAUAAAAAUGACAGACUGA